CCAAAGUAACAGUUAUAUUUUAGUGGAUCUUGGUCACACUUGGUAAAGGGAAUCAAUGUCAAUUGCCUAAGUAUAUUGUUUAAUCCACAAAAAUGUCUACGACAUCCUCUUUCGGCGAUGAAGAGCAAACAAAAGUGCCCCGCAUCAUGACCUUCCGUCCUAGCUACGAGGAGUUUAAGGACUUUUCCGCCUACAUCGAGUACAUAGAGUCCCGCGGAGCUCACUUAGCCGGCUUGGCCAAAAUUCAGCCACCGGCGGAAUGGGUGCCUCGGAAAUCGGGAUACGACAUAGAGAACAUCAACAUGACCAUCCCAGCGCCAAUCUGUCAAGUGGUCACAGGCAGGGCCCACGGGCUAUACCAGCAAAUCAACAUCCAGCAGCGCCGCCAGAUGACACUGCGCCAGUUCAUGGAGAAGGCGAGCUCAGAGCUACAUCAGACGCCACGCCACUUUGACUAUGAGGAUCUGGAGCGCAAGUACUGGAAGAACAUCACAUACAUAUCGCCGCUGUACGCGGCCGACGUCAAGGGAUCGCUGAGUGACGAAGAACUGGACGUGUGGAACAUCGGGAGACUGGACACCAUUUUGAACCUGGUCAAUACAGAUUACAACAUCAUCAUUGAUGGCGUGAACACGGCCUACCUCUACUUUGGCAUGUGGAAAAGCUCCUUUGCCUGGCACACCGAAGAUAUGGAUCUGUAUUCCAUCAACUACCUACAUUUCGGAGCACCCAAAACCUGGUAUGCCAUUCCGCCGGCGUAUGGCAGACGUCUAGAGAAGCUUGCCAACGAAACCUUUGCCGAGAACUACCAGGAGUGCAAUGCUUAUCUGCGCCACAAAAUGACCAUGAUUAGUCCUAAGGUGCUGCGCCAGCACAACAUUCCCUUUAACAAGAUCACCCAGGAAGCGGGGGAGAUUAUGAUAACAUUUCCCUUUGGCUAUCAUGCGGGGUUUAAUCAUGGUUUUAAUGGCGCCGAGUCAACCAACUUUGCAUCACGGCGCUGGAUCGAGUACGGAAAGCGGGCUAGUAUUUGCAGGUGCCGCAGCGACAUGGUAAAGAUCUCAAUGGAGACCUUCGUGCGUCGUUUCCAGCCGGAACGCUAUGAGAAUUGGUUGAGGGGUCAGGACCUUGGAAGUCACCCCGAGGAGCCGGGGAAAAUAUGUGCAGCAGCGCCGCCUACCUUAAAUGAAUAUGAAAAGCAGGCGAGUUUGCGUGUUGCCAAACCUAAGGGUACAUCGCCACAAAAGCGCGGCUGCUCGCUGGCCGCCAAUGACGAAGAUGAGGAGGACAAAGCAAGUGUCAGCAGCUACAACAGCUGUCGUCAGCUGCAGCCCAUUGUCAAGCUGCGUAAACUCCCUUCCGUACCUGAACCGGCUGCGGCUUCAAAGAGAUACGAUUUCAAUUCAGAGGCCGUGGUGCGCGUUAAGCGUCUUUGGAAUGACCUGCCCUGUCCACAGCCCGGAGUUAAUCUGCUCACCAACGGGGUGGUGAAAAACACAAAGCGAAUGCGCUUCCAGACAAAAGUACUCACACUUGACGACGAGGAUUAAGCAUUCCACUAAUGACACUGCCCAGAGGCAGUCUUUUGAUCUCCUUGUUAGAUAUCCGUGCGGCUGCAAUCAAAGAUCUAGUAGUACUACUAAUUGUAUUUUUCAUAGUUUUUAAGCAGACAUGAUGCCAUCACGAAUAAGACUUGGGACUAGAAUUUACAAUUUUUUUUGACUAACAUACAUGCAUAUGUAAGCAAAUGCAGCUACCUGGAAGUACGAGAUUUUUGUGAAAUGUCCAAAAUUUAUAUAUCCUUUAAACUGUAAAUGGAACCAGACAAAUUUUGUCCCUGAAAAUUUCAUUUUUUUUAACAAGUGUUCGUUCCCACCGAAGGAAGUGUUGUACAAUAAUUAAAAUUGGACAAACCAGAAAUCUUGUAACAAA